AUAUACUUAUUUGAUUUUGCAGGAAAUGGAUCAUAAAACAAGCUUCUUAAUUCCCAGCAACAUGUAUUCUAAUUCAUGGCUAACCUCUCCCCACUGUUCAUCUUCUGGCAUUACCAAUUCUCCAUUACAAUGGCUGAGAUUCAUUUUCCUCUCUUCAUGUCCACAAAGGGUUUUGUUUUCCAUCACUAAUUCCAUUUUCCUACUUACCCUUCUUCUCCUACAUUUGAUUCAAAGACAAACUUCCAGAACCAACUUGAGUAAACCCUUGAUUGAAUCCAACAAAUCCAGUAUUAGACUCACCGGCUGGUUCAAACUAUCAAUUGUUUUCACAGCUCUCCAAGCAAUAUGCUUCACAUUGUUGAGCAUUUAUGCUCUUAUUCAAGGUCAGUUUGAUCAACCAUGGCAGAUUAUUGAAACUGUUUUCAGGUUACUUCAAUCAAUAACCUAUGUUUCUAUAUUGAUCUUGAUUGCCCAUCAGAAGAAACAUUCACCCAUCAUUAGGGUUUACUGGAUUACCCAUUUUCUGCUUGUUGUUUUGCUUUCAACUUCAGCUAUAGCUAGAUUUAAUGAUCAAAUUGAUCCGAGCUUGAAACUUGAUGAUUAUGUUUUCUUACUAAUCAUUCCUAUAUCCACAUUCCUAUUCAUCGUUGCUGUUAAAGGGUUUUUUGGAGUUGUUAGAGAUGAUUCGAGAUCAAGAUCGAGUGAUCCGGUUGAUUGUAAUCUAACUGGCUAUGCAACAGCUUCUAUUCUUUCUAGAGCUACAUGGGCUUGGUUGAAUCCAUUGAUUAACAAAGGAUAUGAGAAAGCUUUAGCAAUUGAUGAGGUUCCUUCGCUUUCGUAUGAACACAGGGCGGAGAAACUCGAACAAUUGUUCGAAUUGAAUUGGCCUAAACCGAAUGAGAAUUGCAAGAAUCCUGUUAGAACAACAUUGAUGCGUUGCUUCUGGAAGGAAGUCGUUUUUACUGGUUUCUUAGCGCUUGUGAAAUUAGCUGUUACGUUUGUAGGUCCUGUAUUGAUUAAGGAUUUUGUUAGUUUCGCUAGUGGGAAGAGAAGUGAUAAUCCAUGGGAAGGAUAUUACUUAACAGCCAUCCUUCUUGUUUCGAAAACUAUUGAAGUUCUCGGUUCUCAUCAUUUUAUUUUCCAUUCACAAAAACUCGGUAUGAUGAUCAGGAGCUCGUUGAUGACUGCGUUGUACAAGAAAGGUCUUAAACUUACUUGUUCUUCACGGCAGGCGCAUGGGAUCGGUCAGAUUGUGAAUUAUAUGGCUGUAGAUGCUCAACAGCUAUCUGAUUUAAUGGGACAAUUGCAUACACUUUGGAUAACUCCUCUUCAAGUUUUUGUUGCUUUAGGUUUACUGUAUUACUACUUUGGCAUCUCCAUGUUCUCCACAAUGUUCUUAGUUUUGGCAGCUUUGACGUUUGUUAUGCUUCGUACAAGCCAGACGAAUACUUACAUCUUCUCAUUGAUGACAAACCGUGAUUUGAGACUCAAGGCCACAACAGAGCUGUUGAGUAACAUGCGCGUUAUCAAAUUUCAGGCAUGGGAGGAGCAUUUUAAGAAACGGAUUGAAUCCAUUCGUGAAAAGGAAUUCAAUUGGCUUAGCAAAACAUCUUAUGCAUUCGCCAGCAACAUGAUCGUGCUCUCGAGCAUGCCUGCUUUCAUGGCGGUUAUCCUUUUCGCUGUUUCGUUAUGGUUAGGCUAUUCUCUUGAUCCAGGAACAGUUUUCACAGCCACAACGGUUAUUAAGAUGGUUCAGGAUCCAGUGCGAACGUUUCCACAAGCUCUCGUAUCGUUUUCACAAGCGUUCAUAUCUUUUAAAAGGUUGGAUGUGUUUCUAACGAGUCAGGAACUGGACGAUGGAUCGGUGGAGAGAAGAGAUGGAUGUGAUGAUGGUAGGAUGGCUGUGCAGGUCACUAAUGGAAGAUUUGCUUGGGAUGAUGAAGGAGAUGAAGCUGUUCUGAAAGGCGUGAAUCUUCAGAUAAAGAAAGGAGAGGUUGCUGCCAUUGUUGGAACUGUUGGAUCGGGGAAAUCUUCCUUGCUGGCUUCGAUUCUCGGCGAGCUACAUAAAAAGUCUGGAAAUGUGAGAGUUUGUGGAACGACGGCUUACGUUGCUCAAUCAUCAUGGAUACAGAACGCUACAAUCGAAGAGAACAUCUUGUUUGGAUCGUCGAUGGAUAGGCAACGGUAUACGGAAGUGAUUAAGGUUUGUUGCCUCGAGAAGGAUCUAGAAAUCAUGGAGCAUGGCGACCAGACUGAGAUAGGUGAACGUGGAAUCAACCUGAGCGGGGGACAGAAACAGAGGAUACAGCUAGCAAGAGCAGUUUAUCAAGACCGCGAUAUAUAUCUUCUCGACGACAUAUUCAGUGCUGUGGAUGCUCAUACAGGUUCAGAAAUCUUCAAGGAAUGUGUAAAAGGCGUUCUAAAAGACAAGACUGUUUUACUCGUCACUCAUCAAGUCGACUUCCUUUACAAUGCCGAUCUCAUAUUGGUGAUGCGAGAUGGGAUGAUAGUUCAAUCUGGCAAGUAUAAUCAACUUGUCAAAUCUGGAAAGGAUUUCAGUUCAAUCGUGGCUGCUUACGAAUCAUCCAUGGAACUCGUGGGAAAGAAUAUAACAACAACUGUCUCGACUGAAAAUCCAGAGGAAGUGCUGAAAUCACCGCAUGCCCCCUCAUCGAGUGUAGCUUUGGAAAGAUCGCGAUCGGAAAAGGGAAGUGGUUCUAAGCUGAUAAAAGACGAAGAAAGGGAAGUUGGUCAUGUGAAUGCAGAAGUUUACAAGGACUAUUGCACAGAGGCGUAUGGGUGGUGGGGGGUGGCAUCUGUGGUGGCGGUGUCAUUGUUAUGGCAGGGAUCUUUUGUGGGAAGCGAUUACUGGUUGGCGGACGAGACUAAAGCUAGCAAUAGUAGUUUCGCUCCGCCUCUGUUCAUCGGCGUUUACACAAUCAUAGCAGUUAUAUCGUGCGUUUUGGUGCUUAUGAGAGGUGUUCUAGUUGCAUUUUUGGGUCUCAAAACUGCUCAGAAAUUCUUUGAUCAAACUCUUCAUAGUAUACUUCAUGCUCCCAUGUCCUUCUUUGAUACGACACCUUCUGGAAGAAUCUUAACUCGGGCAUCAAGUGAUCAAACCAACAUUGAUUUCAUUAUUCCAAUGUUCUUGAGCCUUGCACUUGUGAUGUACUUUAGCUUUCUCAGCAUUGUGGUGGUUACCUGCAUGAACGCUUGGCCGAUAACAAUUCUUGUAAUUCCGCUCAUAUGGAUGAAUAUUUGGUAUCGGAGAUAUUAUAUAGCAAGUUCUAGGGAGUUAUCGCGUCUUGAUUCUAUAACGAAAGCACCAGUGAUCCAUCACUUCUCGGAAACAAUAGAGGGUGUUAUGACGAUUAGGUGCUUCAAGAAACAAAACGACUUCUUUGGUAAGAAUGUGGAAAGAGUGAAUGCAAAUGUAAGAAUGGAUUUCCACAAUAAUGCUUCAAAUGAAUGGUUUGGAUUUAGAAUGGAACUUAUUGGGUCCAUAUUCCUCUGCAUUUCUGCAUUGCUUAUGGUCUCUCUGCCUAGCUCCUUUAUCCAGCCAGAAUACGUAGGAUUAGCGCUUUCAUAUGGGCUUUCCUUAAACGGUGUGAUGUUCUUUGCGGUAUAUAUGACUUGUAGUGUUGAGAAGUACAUGGUUGCAGUUGAAAGGAUAAAACAAUUCAUAAGAAUCCCAUCUGAGCCAGAAUGGUGUAAACCGGAGUCCCUUCCUUCCCCAGAUUGGCCUAUUCGUGGGGAUAUUGAAAUACAGAAGUUGAAGGUACGGUAUAGGGAAAAUACACCUCUAGUUCUGAAAGGUGUUAUGGCAAGGAUUGAAGGUGGUGAAAAGGUGGGGAUUGUUGGGAGGACUGGAAGUGGGAAAUCAACUUUGCUUCAAGUCUUCUUUAGGCUGGUUGAGCCGAGUAGCGGGACCAUUAUAAUUGAUGGGGUUGAUAUUUGCAAGCUCGGGCUUCAUGAUUUGAGGUCUAGGUUUGGAAUCAUCCCACAGGAUCCUGUACUUUUUGAGGGAACCGUAAGAAGCAACAUUGACCCUCUCGAGCUUUACUCUGAGGAAGAGAUUUGGAAGAGUUUAGAACGGUGCCAACUGAAAGAGGUGGUUGCUGCUAAGACUGAGAAGCUCGAUGCUCCAGUGGUGGGUAGUGGAGAUAAUUGGAGUAUGGGGCAGAGACAGUUAUUGUGUUUGGGAAGGAUAAUGUUGAAGCGAAGCAAAGUUUUGUUUAUGGAUGAAGCGACGGCUUCAGUUGAUUCAAAGACCGACUCCAUUAUCCAAAAGAUUAUUAGAGAGGAUUUCACAUCUUGCACCAUUAUAAGUAUUGCUCAUAGAAUCCCCACUGUUAUGGACUGCGACAAAGUGUUGGUCAUGGAAGCAGGAUUGGCAAAGGAAUUCGACAAGCCCAGUCGAUUACUUGAGAGGGCUUCAUUAUUUGGUGCACUUGUUCAAGAGUAUGCCAAUAGAUCAGAAAUGUGAAUGAAAUGAAUGGUUGUGUUAGUGAGUGAGUUAGACAAGACUUUAGGAUCAUGGGAUGAAAAGUUUUUUACAAUAAUAAUAAUAAUAAAUAUGUAUUUUAUAA